AUAUCUUAGAUCCUAUAAAGGCGUACUUGACUAUGAACCCUACUUCAUCACGAACCCACGACCUGAUCCCAUGUCGAGGAGCGUGAUAAACUCCCCUGACGCUGCAAUGAAGAAGGAUCUACCAGCUCAAAAAGCAAAAGCGAUGCCUGCCGCCCUGCCGUUGGCUGACUUAUUGACGGACGGUGUGGAUGGAGCUGUUCCAGUAAAGAGGAAGAAAGGUGCUGCGGCACAAGAGUGGGAAUCAAUUGUGAAGAUGAAGAGUAAUAUCUCUUCUGGUCGCCAAUCACAGGCUGACGGGCUAUCAAGGGAACAAGGGCAGAACGACAGUGGUCCGACAAGUAGUCCUAUGAAGAAAGGCUGGGAAAUGACGCAAUCUCCCCAUGUAGGGGCUGGACAAGGGUGGGCCCGUCGGCAACCUUCCAAGAAAUCGAAUGGAACUGGAGAGCUCUCGAAAAGUCGUGCAACCAUAUCGGCUGUUCCAUUACCCGAUGAGGUGGAUCAAAAACGUACAUCAAAACAUACUAUCAGCUUCUUGGGGAAGAUAUCGCGAAAUAAUGCCUUUGCUGAGGAUAAGCCCGAAGGAAGUAACGCGGAACCCACAAAGAACCCAGGGUCCGCAAACUUGGACCCCCGCCAAAUAUUCACUGGAUGCACAUUCUUACUCCUUGGUGAUGCAUCUUGCGAUAGUGUUUCAUUAGCAUUGCAGCAAGCAGGAGGUACGGUUAUUAUGGAAGGUAGCCCAAACUACUAUGUUGUUCGCUUCGUUGGGUAA